CCCAUAACACCAUUAGCAUUUAUAAUCCCGUGAUAACUUAUGAUAUUUGCUCAAGCCCAGAUAUCAAUAGAAUUGUACAAUCAACUUGCCCAACAUGUGAACGUGGGACGCAGUGAACUUGCCAAAUUUAAUACUAAAAAGCGGGAGGGGACGGUAAUCCUUCCGCUGUAUAUACAAGGAUGAACUUGUAGCUGCUGGUCUCACCUCAAAAUCUAACAAUGGGUUUCAAGGGAAACCUUUGGUUGCUUGCUCUUGUCGUCCUCUUCUCAACCCUCUCACUACUGCUCUCAGCCAACGCCAAGCAAACUUACAUAGUUCAUAUGAAUCAUAUUUCCAAGCCUCCAACACAUGCCACUCACCGUGACUGGUAUCAAUCACUCACUUCCACUUCUGAUUCCAUCCUCUACACCUACACCACCGCAUUUCAUGGCUUCGCUGCCCAUCUCGACCCUGAGGAAGCUGAAUCUCUUAGAAAAAAGGAUGCUGUCCUUAAUGUGUUUGAAGAUAAAGUCUACUCUGUCCAGACUACCCGCACCCCACAAUUUCUUGGUCUCCAUUCCAAUUUUGGCUUGGGUGACGGCCGUGAAUUUCAAGAAAUCGAACAAGCUGCUGGUGAUGUCAUCGUCGGAGUUCUUGAUACUGGCGUAUGGCCAGAGUCUAAAAGUUUUGACGACACGGGCUUGCCAGAGAUCCCAAAUCGAUGGAAGGGAAAAUGCAUAUCUGCUCGGGAUUUCGAUGGCAAACGACAUUGCAAUAAGAAGUUAAUCGGAGCUCGUUAUUUUCACAAAGCACAUAAUAAAAAUAUAUAUGGAUCGAAGGAUGUUGCUUCACCGCGUGAUUAUAACGGGCAUGGAACCCACUGUGCUAGUACAAUUGCAGGUUCGCCUGUGGUGAACGUGAGUUUCUUCGGUUACGGGACGGGCACAGCCCGAGGAGUGGCUACUCGUGCCCGAGUAGCAAUCUACAAGGUCUGUUGGAGCCACGGUUGUCACGGAGCUGAUAUUUUGGCAGCGGUAGAGAGGGCUAUUUUAGAUGGUGUUGAUGUGCUUUCCAUGUCAAUUGCCGAUGCCGGUGGUAAACGAGCUCCAUAUCAUCUAGAGCCGAGAGCUAUUGCCGCAUUUUCGGCGGUUCAGUAUGGGAUUUUCGUCUCUUGUGCAGCUGGUAACUCUGGACCAAUAAAAUCAACUGUAUCAAACGUGGCUCCAUGGAUUAUGUCGGUUGGUGCCGGGAGUAUAGACAGGGACUUUCCGGCUUACGUUUUGCUUGGUAACAAACAAUUGUUUAGAGGUGUCUCUCUCUAUACUGGACCAAGGAUGGGAAAUAAGCAGGUGGGGUUGGUCUAUAAUAACAGAAAGAAUAGUUCAAGUAAUUUUUGUUUGGAUGGUACGCUUGAACCGGCACUGGUGCGUGGAAAGGUGGUGAUCUGCGAUAUAGGAUUCAUUGGAUACGAAGAAAAAGGUCUGGUGGUGCGAAAAGCCGGAGGGGUUGGGAUGAUACAAGUGAACUUGCAAGCUGUAAAGGAGAUGUCUGCUCACAGCCACUUGCUGCCUACAGUGGAAGUGGGGUAUAAAAUUGGUAAUUUGAUUAAGAACUAUGAGAUGACUGAUCCUAAUCCCACAGUAAUACUCGGGUUUGAUGGGACGGUGGUAAAUGUACGGCCAUCACCAAUGGUAGCCGAUUUUAGUUCUCGAGGGCCAAGUCUGGUUACACCACAAAUCUUGAAACCUGAUGUCAUAGCUCCUGGAGUUAGCAUCCUGGCUGCAUGGUCUGAAGCCGUUAGUCCAUCUCAGUUGGAAGAGGAUAAAAGGAUCACCAAGUUCAAUAUUAUUUCAGGAACAUCCAUGGCAUGUCCUCAUGUAAGUGGAAUUGUUGCAUUACUCAAAGCAGCAUAUCCAACUUGGAGUCCAAGUGCAAUCAAAUCUGCAAUCAUGACUUCUGCCUACAGUGUUGAUAACACCAACUCUCCCAUACGAGAUCUUGCAAAAGGUGCAUCUUCAAACCCAUGGGCCUAUGGUUCUGGUCAUGUAGACCCAAAGAAGGCUCUCUCUCCUGGCCUCGUAUAUGAUAUUUCUAAAGAAGACUACGCAAAAUUCUUCUGUUCAUUGGGUUAUCCCCAUGACACUAUUGAAAUGUACAUGAGUCAACUGAAACUGAAUGUAUCUUGCUCAAACAAAUUUAGUGAUCUUGGUGAUCUCAAUUACCCAUCAUUCUCAGUCUUGUUCAAGAACAAGACAACCAUCCAAUAUAGUCGAGAAUUGACCAAUGUUGGCCCUGUCAAUUCUGUGUAUAAAGUGACAGUGACUGCACCAUCGACUGUACAAGUAACUGUGAAACCUGCUAAGAUGGUUUUUAAAAAGGUUGGAGAAAAGCAAAGAUAUACAGCAAUAUUUAAGGACAAGAGGAGUAGGAAGGCUGCUGUUGGAGCUGCAUUUGGUUGGAUUGUUUGGAGCAAUGCUCAAUACAAAGUUAGUAGCCCUGUUGCAUUUACAUGGACAUAAACUAGUUGCUAAGAAUGACUAAGUUUAAGUGUAAUAAGAUUGAGUUUAUUGGGCUGACCUAUUGGUCUGAAUUUAGUUGAACUCGUUCACGCUAAGUGUUUCUUAGUUAUUGCUAUCAAUAAAAGUUUUGCUUAUAAAAAAAAAUUGGCAAAGUUUAAGCACUA